CAGCUGGAGUGCUGCUCCUCAAGAGCCAAUCCCCACCCCCUCAGAAAUGAUGUGUUCCAUGUGGAUUUUCGGCCUGGUCCUGAGCGUGGCGGGCACAGUUUGGACUACAGAGACCGAUAAAGGUGAAUUUAUACUUGAAGGAGGAGGUGUGCGUGGCCCCAGACCUGACCCCAGACCUGCAUCUUCCUGCAGAGAGAAAGACUGGCCCUUCUGUGCUGAUGAAGACUGGCACCAAAAAUGCCCUUCCGGCUGCAGGGUACAAGGGCUGAUUGAGGAAGUCAAUCAAGAUUUUACAAACAGAAUAAACAAGCUCACAAAUGCACUCUUUGAUUAUCAGAAGAACAAUAAGGACUCUAGUUCAGUCAUCAGGGAUAUGAUAGAACAGUACAGAAGGUAUUUUGCCGACUCUAACCACAAUGAUAAUUCAUAUUACCGAGUAUCAGAAGAUCUGAGAAGCAGACUGGAUACCCUGAACCGCAAAGUCGUAGAGCAGAUACAGCAGAUCCAACUUCUGCAGAAAAAUGUCAAGGCUCAGCUGGUGGAGAUGAAGCGACUGGAGGUGGACAUUGAUAUUAAGAUCCGAUCUUGCCAAGGGUCAUGCAGCAGGGCUGUAGCACGGACGAUAGAUCUACAGGACUAUGAGGACCAGCAGAAGCAAGUUGAACAUCUCAUUGCCAAAGACCUACUUCCGCCUAAAUACAGACAACAGUUACCACUGUUAAAGAUGAGACCAGCUUCAGAUUUCGUUCCCAGAGUGGACAAGGAUAAGCUUCAGGCAUCCUUUCCAGAGUUAAAGGCUAUCCUGGAAAUGCGGCAGAUGGCAAUGGAGAUAGAGAGGCCGGGGACACCUGGGACUCCCCGCGGAGACUCCGCUGCUCGUGGAGCAGGAUCAGCACCUGAAACCCCCAGGAAGCCCGGACCUGGCAGUAGUGGGAAUCCGAAACCUGGGAGCUCUGGACCUGGGGGUGCUGGUACUCGGAACCAUGAAAGGCCACAUAGCACAGGGCAUGGGAGCGUCAGGCCUGACAACCCAGACUGGGGCACAUUUUCAGAAUCUUCAGAAAGUCUAAGUCCAGGGACAAAGGAAGAGUACCACCACACAGGUAAACUGGUCACUACGAAGGAGGGAGUUGUCUCUGGUGGCCUCACCUCCAGGCGCAGUUCAUGCUCUAAAACGAUUACUAAGACUGUGAUAGGUGCUGGCGGCCGUACAGAAGUGACGAAAGAAGUGGUCUCCUCUGAGGAUGGCUCGGACUGUGGCUCAGAUUUAGACUCGUUCCAUACUUCGUCCAGGGGCAGCCUAGACGAAUUCCGUCAUAGGUUCCCUGAGGAGGCUGCUUUCUUAGACUCGUUACCUGGGUCGAAAGAGUUUCACUCUAUGGGCUCAACAUCUGACCCUUUCGCGAACUUAGAGGAAACCAGUUCUCACCACGUCAGCGAAACUCAUACCACCAAGAAAGGCCGAGCUAAAGCUCGCACUGCCAGAGGUAUCCGCACUUCUCUAGACCUUCCAACCAGCUUAAUUUGUUUUUUAGACUGUGAUGAUGUCCUCCAAACACAUCCUUCAGGUGCCCAAAGUGGCCUUUUCAAUAUCAAGCUACCGGGAUCCAGUAAGAUUUUUUCAGUUUAUUGCGAUCAAGAGACCAGUUUGGGAGGAUGGCUUUUGAUCCAGCAAAGAAUGGAUGGAUCACUGAAUUUUAACCGGACGUGGCAAGACUACAAGAGAGGUUUCGGCAGCGUGAAUGACAAGGGGGAAGGAGAAUUCUGGCUAGGCAAUGAAUACCUCCACUUGCUAACCCUGAGGGGCUCUGUGCUUCGGGUUGAAUUAGAGGACUGGGCCGGGAACCUGGUUUAUGCAGAAUAUCACUUGAGGGUAGGCUCCGAGGCAGAAGGCUAUGCCCUGCAGGUCUCUUCCUACAAGGGCACGGCGGGCAAUGCUCUGAUGGAAGGUUCCGUGGAGGAAGGCACAGAGUACACUUCUCACAAUGGCAUGCAGUUCAGCACCUUUGACAGGGAUGCAGACCAGUGGGAAGAGAACUGUGCAGAAGUCUAUGGAGGAGGCUGGUGGUACAACAACUGCCAGGCAGCCAAUCUCAAUGGCAUCUAUUACCCUGGGGGCUUCUAUGACCCCAGGAACAACAGUCCUUAUGAGAUUGAGAACGGAGUGGUCUGGGUCCCCUUCAGAGGAGCAGACUAUUCCCUCCGGGCUGUCCGCAUGAAAAUCAGGCCCCUGGUGACCCAAUAAGCAGAAAGAGUAGAAAUGAGAGCACUCCGUUUUGUUUGGUGAAGUGGAGGAAAAAUAAGGAAGAUGAAGGAGUCAAGAUUCCUUACUACCUAAAAAAUUCCCCGGUGCUAUUUUAUUAUUCUCUGUACUGUAGCUAAAUGUAACUGAGUCAUAUUAGUGCUUCAAAAAAAAUAAAGUGAUGUGAUUUUUUGUAAAUCUU